UGUGGUCAGGUGACAGGAAGUUGACUUGUGAGCCAAUAAGCGGCGAGCUGAUGACCGUGCCGUUAGCCAUUGGCUGGUUCAAAACGGAGGAAAUUUAAAAGCUAACGUUGCGACUCGCGCGGCGCCCACAGUUUCACCAGUGUCGCUGGAGCAGACGUGAGUUGUCGAGCAGCACACCCUGAGAUAAUGGCCGAAAGCGACGGCGAUACUUCCGACCUGUACGAGUUCGAUGCCCCGUCCCGAGUAGUCGACCUGAAGGAGCUGGAGAAUGCCGAGGGCGAGGAUACCUGGUUCGAACAACAGGCUGGGGGAGGAGAUAGUCACCUUAAAACACCUUCGAGACUUGACAAGCCCUUUAAGAGAAGUGAUGCGGCCAACCUGCCUAGAGCCAUCGUAACCCCUCUACUCAAGGCGGACGUGGACUCUGGUCCUAGCACUUCCACAGCUCAUCCUUCAAACAUCGUCACUUCCUGGGGUGCUGGAACUCCUACACGGACAGGUGCCCGACCAAAGACGGCCGCUAAUCAACCCCCUGCCCAACCACGCAGGGUUUCAAAGCGUAAAGAGGCAGCCAGCGGUCCGGCUGUACCACCAUCGAAGAAAUACAAAAAGAGUCCUGUUGGCCGACCAGCCCGGAAGUCCAGUAGCGUCGUCCGCAGGAGGCAGUCAGAGUCCAGGACUGUGCCCAAGACCCGGGCAGCAGCUUCCACUACUGCAAACACAGAGCCGAAUAGCUCUGAAGAGCAGGAGCUGGAGCGCAUCAGGAACCUCCAGAAGGAAGUGGCUCUGCAUCGCAAGAAGAACGAGGCCAGCUACAAAGCUGCUCUGGCUGGCAAUCCACCACCGAAGAAGAUGGUCAUGUCCACAACUGUUCCUAAGGAGUUCCGCUUCAACACAAACAGCCGCGCUAAGGCCACCACUUCAUCCAACACGGCCCACAAGGAGGUGGCCUUUAUCGCUCAGCUUCGCAAACCCUCCUCCCCAGCCAAGGCUAUGAAAGGGGCCACAGUGCCCAAACCCUUCAACCUGUCGACGGGCAGCAAGAGAAAGGCGGACGAGUCCUCUGCCUACGUGCCCAUGGCUCAGCAGAUAGAGCGCUUCCAGAAACGAACCCCUGACCGCUACCAUCUGCGCAGUCGCAAGAGUCAAGAGAGAGGGCCGUCCCGAGCGAAGGGCGAGCACCUGAAGCUCACCCAGCCUCACACCCCAGACCUGCUGACCCGCCAGCGGAGCCGGCCCCCCACGGUUAAGAGCAGCGCUGACCUGGAGGCUGAAGAGGUGGACAAACUUAACAAGUUUAAAUUCAAGGCCCUGGAGCUGAACAGGAAGAUAUUGGAGAGUGCAGAGGGCCUGAAGAAGCCGGCCGUGAAGGAACCCACUGUACCCGAAGGCUUCGAGCUGCAGAUUGAAAAAAGGCUCCAGGAGAGACAGGCCACCAAGAAGCCCGAAGGUGAAGAGAAGCCGCACACCUUUAAAUCCCAGCCUCUGCCCAAAAAGAUCCUGGAAGGAGUAGUGGGACUGCCAGAGAAGAAAGUUGUGCAUCCGACUGUGCCGGAGUCUCCAGCGUUUGUCCUCAAGAAGAGGGUUCAUAUGGAGCCCAAGGUGGAGGAAGUAAAACGGCCCUCGCCAAUCAAGGCCCCGCCCGUGCCUCACUUUGGCCUCCCUUUCCAGCCCCGGCUACAAGAGAACCACCACGUGGAGGUCUGCCCCUCCUUUGAAGAGAGGGAACGAGAGAGGAGGGCGCUGAAAGAGAAGAGGCUGGAGGAGAAGCGCAACGAAGAGGUACCACAGUUCAAGGCCCAGCCGCUGCCAGACUUCGACACGGUGGUCCUCCCAGAGAAGAAGAAGCUGGAGCCCACGAGACCUGAACCCUUUAAGCUGCUGCUGGAUGAACGGGGGGCCGUGAGGAGCAGUCGCUGGGAACAGAUGGUGAAAGAGGAGCAGAAGCAACAGGAGGAAGCAGCGAUAUUCAAAGCCAGGCCCAACACGGUCACUCACAAAGAGCCUUUCCAGCCCAAAAAGGAGAGCCGGGCUACAGUGGUUGUGGAGGCCUUCGAGCUGUCGACGGAGCGGCGCGCCCGGGAGCGGCAGGAGUACGAGCAGCUGGCCAAUGAGAAGGAGGCUCUCAGGGCGCUCAUGGAGGAGGAGCAGAGACGAGAGAAGGAGCAGAGGGAGAAGGACGAGGUCGCCAGGAUGCGGCAAGAACAGGUUCACAAGGCUCAACCCAUCAGACACUACAAACCUGUAGCGGUGAAGAAGAGCGAAGUUCCCCUCACAGUCCCCCAGUCACCCAACUUCUCCGACCGCUUCCGCCUGUGAGCCGCCCGCCUCGCCUCGCUCCGCUCCGUACGAAUCCGCAUGUUUGGCAGAAGCUCUGAAAUGAACUUUGACCUCCGCUUCAGGCCGUCAGUAGCAAACUGGCUGUAAAGUUGUAAAUAGAUGUUUUUUCUGUCAGUUCCAUGUUGAGCUUUAGAUUUUAACCACGUGCUGUAUAUUCUCUAUCUCCCUCUUCUUGCUAAUAACUUUUAACUCUUUCAAAUAAAACUGAUAAAAUCUUA